AUGGCUAUUGGUGCUGUGGUGAUGAUAAGACUAGAUCUCGUAUCAUCAAUUCUUGAUGUCAACUUCUACAUUACCCGCAGAAGAGAUGGUAAGAUGAUGAGGGAAAAUACCGAUGAGAAGAGGGAUGUUUUGAUCGAGAGUCAGAAAAACAGAGCGAACGGAAGUUCUCUUCGCAAAUUAGUAUGGUCGGCUAUGGAAUAUGUCGAAAUACAGGCUGUGAAAGUUGGAUGUUAUCAAUCUCUCAGUAAGAUUGUUGCUGGAGGUUACUGUGUUUGUAAACGGAAGCGGAGUGCAAGCAAGAUUGAAGAUUCGAUGGAGAUAGACAUCAUCGUUCCUACUCAGUGA